GUCAACGUGGUAAACGUGGGGGGCUCGCAGUGUUGGAGUUGCGGAAAAGGUUGAAAGCCUUGGGCCUUAAGACGACUGGCUCGAAGGCUGAAUUAGAAGCCCGCUAUGAGGGCGCAAAGAGAAACUUGGAUGAGGCACAGGAUGCCGCACAGGACCCAAGAGAGUCGCCGGCCAAGAAGCCAAAGGUCAGUUCUCCAAAACGGAGUUCGCCAAAGCCACAAUCUCCGAGCGUGUCUCCGAAAGUUUCUCCGAAAGCCUCUCCAAAGAACUCUCCCGAGUCGGACAAUGAACUCGACAAAUUGAUAGGGGAGGACUUUGAAGCCGAGUUGGAGGCACAUUUCGAAAAUUUGGAGAAUUUGGAGCUGGAGAACGAAGAGGCGGAGCUGGAGCGAGACAUUGCGGAAGUGGAAGGCAUCGAUGAAAACAAGGAACCGGAGGACGAGAUCCAGGACUUGCUGCCGGACCGCUACAGGUCAAGCUUAGACUCGCCGCAUCAAGAGCUCAUCAAUCUGGUGAUGAUUCUGGCUGAGUACGCGUAUGAGCCAAAGCAAGCACGACGGAGCUCACCGCGGAAAGAGCAGAGGAAUCUGCGAGGUCACCAAGGACAGAGGGCUCUUUUGACUUGGUCUCUUCAGUGCCGACGGAGGUACUACGCCAUCAUCAAGGCGCAAAACCUUGACACCUCAACCCUGUGCAAGAGUGCUGCGUCCUAUUGGGGCAUCAUUGAGGACCUGGCGAAGUCCAACUCAAUUUCCCAUUCAUUCCCAUCAGAGAUUGAGGCGCAAGUUUACUUUGCAGGAAGCCGAGAACCCACCGAGACAUCUGUGCUGGUGAUUAUGAGGCGAACGGGUGGUGUCCUGUUGGCCGUCCCAGCCAGUUUUCUUCCCAUGGACAUCGUCGAGCAGGGCAAUGCUGGAAGUCCCACAAGUGUUUUUGGGCCUUCCGUGGAGUUCGAGGUCCCCGCAAUGCUUGCAGAUGGAGGGAUUGUUUCACAGACUGGAGGCACAGUUUUGGUCAGGAUCGUCGAUUGCACGGAGGGGGUCAUGCCACACCUUCGCGAAUUCAUGGAGGACGAAGAGGUCACCUUUGCCUUCGACGAGGAUUCUCCUUUCGCUUUUCCCUCCAUAGAUGCUUUGGUUCCGCUGGUGAGGACUUGGGCUACAGCCACUUCAGAACAGCUGGCUGCGUUCUACUCCCCCGAGGAGCAAGAGGAUCUUGCAGACCCAGAUGCAACUCCGCCACAGCGAAGACCUCCUGCCAGAAGGGUUACGCCUUCAGGAAGUGGGCCAAAGGCAAAGCGGGUCACUACAGCCGCGUUGUCCACACAGCUGGAGGAAGUUUUGGGGAUGCUGCCACAGAUGUCCCAGCAGUUGACUUUGUUGAGUACAAGGCAACAGAGGUUGGAGGAUCAGCUGCCCACUUUGGGCAAGAGCGCAGCAGUUGCAGUAGCUCAGCCUUUGGGAGCGGCACUGGACUUACCUCAGCUACCAGUAUCCGCCCUUGCAAAGACCCUGCAGCCCCCCCCACGAACUGCAGCUCGUCAGAACCUUGGUUUGUUGGCAUCCCCUGGACUCGGGAAACCAUUGGAGUUAGAGGCAUUGGAAGAAGAGAGAGCGGGCCCCGAACCCAGAUCUGCCCAGAUUUCCGGGGAUGCUUUAGCCCAGGCUGUUUUAGCCCAAUCACAGGCGCUGACGAGUUUGGUUGCCCAGAUAGCACAUGUUCAAGGCGAUCCAAUGGGCGAGUUGACAGCCUCAUCAAGUGCGGGGGUGCGAGGAGCAACGGGCCGAGCAAAGCUUCAAGCAGAGCUGGCGCAACAGAAGGGGCUUUUCUUCCGUGCAGUCUUGCAGAGCAUGUCACGCCGGAUGUCUCCAACCAGCUCCUCAGAUGCCUCUCCCCAAGAGCUCUUGAAUCGUGGUGUUUCUGGAGUACGCUACUUGGAGAGAUUCGGAGGAUACGGGAGACAGCGGGAGCUAGGCCAGCUGCAGUUCCAGGUCAUGACAGCCCUGGACUAUAUGAUGGCAGGGCAAAUGGAUGCCGCGAUGGACACAGUGGCUUUGCUGGCAGUGACAAUAGAACAGGCAUGUUUGGACGGUGGCAGAAUGGACUUAGCCACUCUCCUAUGUUUGCAAGAGGAUGCACCGGCCUCAAUCUUUGUCAACAGACAGAUGAUGAGCACCUCCCGCACCAGGGCUUUCGCGCCUUUAGCCGAUCAACGAUGGGUCACAUGUGCUCUGGCGUUUCUCAAGGAAUUGGAGGUCAUCUCCAACAAGAGGGUGGAGCUUCUUGGGCAGAGCCGCAGUUCCGAGACUUCAUCAGUGCAGAACAAGUUUUGGCUGGCGCCUCAAAAGAUCUUUCACUGCUUGCUGGCGUGGCCCAUGUGCCUCGUCUACCGCAUCUUUUCCUCUGCCGGUGCCCUACCCUGGCUGCUCAUGGAUGCGUGUGGAGUUCACCAGGAAGAGCACUCAAUGAUUCCUGGUCGCUCUGGACCUGAAUUAGCUGCUAUGCUGAUGCAGAUGGAAAAUUUCAUCAACGUGCACCCCGAGCUGGGACAAAGUUAUGCCCAGCCACGACACAUCAAGUUCAAGCCGGAUCCUGCCGUAAUUUCAGCUGAAGAGCACCCUGAACUUCAACCUUACAAGAACCUUUGCGUCGAUAGGCUGAAGCUGGUUGGUGAGGGAAAGUGGAAGAUGAGUGAUUUUCUUUCAGGGCCACUUUGGCUCCCAUUCCAAGAACCUCGUUUUCUUUUGCAUGGUGAGGAUGUUGAUUUUGCGGCGGGCCCUUGCUUCAAGCAGGAGUCUCGCGAUGAGAACCUCAAGUUGGCAAAGCUGUGGGACACAAAGGGCUUGUUGGAGCUUGCGGCCUCCCCCUUUCAGAAUGGCAUGUUUUCGCGUGUUUUCAAUGCCCACAAGUCAGCGAUGCACGACAGGCAGAUAGGUGAUCGACGUUUACCCAACAUGAUGGAAAGAGCCAUUGAUGGACCUUCCAAAUAUCUGCCUCCCGGGUUUUUGCUGACCAAUCUCAGUGUGGCUCGCGGCUCACAGCAAAUUUUUGGCAGUGUAACAGACAGGCGCGACUUCUACCACCAGACAGCGGUCACCUAUGAACGCGCCUGUUCAAACAUGUUGCCUUUCAAGUUCUCUGAGGAUGAGCUAGCGGGUCUUCAGGCAAUGCAGAAACACAAAGAAAGAGAGGAGACUGGACGCAAGAAGAAAAAGGAUAGAGCCUUGCAGGGUGACGGGUUUGGGCUCCUUCCUGAUGUCACCACUUCCUCUGCCGGGGAUUGCCUACACCCUUGUUUUGCAUCUCUUUUUCAAGGUGAUCAUUUGGGUGUUGAGUUUGCCUUACAGGGUCAUGAGGAUCUUUUGCAGCGGCACGGGCUUCUGAUAGAAGAGCACCGACUGAGGGGGCACUCAGUUUUUCCCGUGACAUCUCAGUGGGAGGGCCUCAUCAUUGAUGACUAUUUUGUGAUUUGCAGAGACAGUUUUGGUGCAGACCCUCUCAAUACCUUUGCAGGGAAAGCCCUGGGUUGGGCUCGAAAAGCCUAUGAAACCUAUGGUGUCAUUGGCUCAGCCGAGAAGGAUGUGGAGGCAUCGAUGCGUUUCAAGGCCGCUGGCGCAGAGAUUGAUUCCUCCGAUGCUCUCGUGCGGAGAGGUUUGACAACAGUUGCAGCUCCAAUAUCAAAGAGACUGGCCCUAUCCUGUCUCUCAUUCAGGAUUGCAGCCCUUCCAGCAGUGACGGCCAAGUUGCUUUCACGUUUGGCGGGAAACUGGACUUCUGUUUUGCUCUAUAGAAGAUGUAUGACUGCAAUUGUUGACACCCUCUUCAAGGAGGCGGCUGAAGCUGAGGCCUUGGGGGAGAAUGCCACAGUUGCGCUUUCAAGGUCGACAGCCACUGAGCUCUGCAUUCUCUCAGCAUUGGUGCCUCUUGCGGUCACCAACAUUGCCACGAGGUAUUCAGAAAAGCUCUACACAUCAGAUGCAUCGCUGGGAAUGGGCGCUGUUGCCUCCACUCAGAUCCCGGCGUCUUUGUCCGAGGUGCUCUGGCUGGGCAGUGACAAGCGAGGCUGCUACACCAGACUGGACAGUAUGCCUGUUGCUCUGCUGGCCUCGGCAGGGGCCGAAACACAUGAGUUUGAAGCUGAAAGCCCUACUGGAGUCGUGCAUCCAAGAAAAGCGCCGUCAUACCAGCAGCCCGAGGGUUUUGACCUUGACUGCCCAAAGACAUGGCUGGGCAACCUUCUUGCGAACCGAUCUUUUAUUUUGCUGAGGCAUGGCAGAAGACAUGGUUCACCUUGUGGGAAAGAACAGCCUCACUUGAGCAAAAUGGCUUGGCUGCCUGCCUGGAUUCAGCUGCUCAACAUGGACUUCUACGAAAGUGUCGUCGCCAGCUGCCAGUUUGGGUCGCCGCACAAAAAGCAGUUUCGGUUCAUCACUUACCUUGUUGAUAGUGAAAGCCUUGAAGUGCGUUGCCCUGGAGGUCAUGACCAUGUGCGAGUUGAGGGCGCAUACACAAAAGAAUCAGCCGUCUACGUUUGGGACCUUGCUAUGCAUUUGGCGAAGCAUUUUUCGGUAGCCCUUGCUAGAGCGCAGCUGGCUGAUGAUGAUGUGCUUCCGGCAAUUGGCCAUGAGAGUCUGGUCCUGAAUGACCUCCUUGCUGCUUCACAAUGGAAGAUCGAAAAGAGCUGGUGGUGGAAGAGGAAGAGCCACAUCAACGUGCUUGAGGGUCAUGGCGGCCUAGCUGUCCUGGCUGACGCUGCUGUGACUUGCCCCGACAGCAGAUUUUGCUGCCUGCUCGACUCACGAGCUGCAAAAGGAGCCCUGGUGAAAGGGAGAAGCUCUUCAGUCUCCUUGCAGAGGGUCUGCAAAAGAUCCAUGUCAUUGCAGCUUGGAUUUGGACUAUACCCAGGUUGGGGUUUUGCUCCAACAAGACUGAAUGUUGCAGAUGACCCUACGAGGAGAGCCGCCUUACGCAAACCUGUGGCUCACUCCUUGUUGGACUUCCUUGACCCACGAAAUGUUCAGGAAGUACACACAAACUGGGCAAGACUUGCGUUGUUGAUGUUUUUCCUCCAUGUUCAGGGUGCUGAUGGCUUGGAUUUGGAUUUACGCCUCUCAGCCCCUGACCAUUCACCUCAUAACCAGACGCUCCUGCCCCAAAAGCUUUUCAUGCGUUUUGAGCUUGGACUUGAUGGACUUCCCUUUCUCUGUGGAUUUUGCUCUGAAUGCGAUCUUCUGUUCCCAUCUAGGCUCCACCAACUUUGCAGCUUUGCCUCAAGCCCCCUUGGACUUUUGCAGUGCUUGGUCAACUGUGGCUCGUCCCUGUCCUGUGUUUGUCAAACCAUCCAGUCGCUGGCCUUUUGGAUUUUACCUUGCAUCUUGCUUCCCUGGCUUUGCGCAACUCUCGCUUCUGGAUUUCUCUGUCCCUUAGAGCCCUUCAAGACUCGCUCCCGUCUCUGUGUUUGCGGUCGUAGGCCCCGGGUUAGUUGGAUUUUGUUGGUCUGUCUUGGACUUCCGGGGGUCAAUGCCAUGGAACCGCUCUCAGCGGCGGAGAGAGCUAGAGCGUCGGCGAGAGGUGGGGCUACACUUGUGCCCACCAGGGUUGCGCGUCAGAAGACACUGGAAAGCAGGAAGGUUUUGCUGGAUGAUUUCAGAGUUUGGCUGUACACUCAACAUGGCAUAAUGUUACAGCAGCUUCUGACAGCAAAGCCACCUGAUGCUGAAGAAGUAUCCAAAUGGCUGGUUGCCUAUGGGCAGGAAAUGUUUGCUGCGGGAAAAGCAUAUGGGAAAUAUGCUGAGACAAUCAACAGCAUUGCAACAGCACGGCCAAUUCUCAGAAAGAGUUUAGUUUCAGCCUGGGACCUAGCUUUUGCAUGGUUGGCAGACGAACCCUACCAGCACCACCCUGCUUUGCCUUUGAGCGUUUUGCUUGCACUCAUGUCAACUGCAAUGAUGUGGGGUUGGGCUUUGGAAGCAGCCAUUUUUGGUUUAACCUGGGCAGGAAUUUUGAGAAUUGGCGAGGUCCUGAUGGCUGACCGUGGUGACCUUGUGCUGCCAAGUGACAGUGCCCCAGGCACACGCUUUGCCUUGCUGCGUAUAAAGUGCCCAAAAACGCGGGGUCGUGCGGCCCGCCAUCAGGCGGCCCGCAUCGACCCCCCGGAUUUGGUGGAGUACUUAGCAGCAGUCUUUGACCAGUUCAAGGAGGACCAGAAGCUAUGGCCGUUUUCGGCAGUGACCUUGCGGAAGCGCCUGAAUGCACUUCUGACUUCAAUUGGACUAGCCACUGAGCGCAAAAGCGGUGGCAAGCCUUUUGACCUGGGGAGCUUCAGACCUGGCGGAGCGACUUAUCUUCUGCUGUUGACUGAAGACUCAGAAGUCGUACGAGGACGAGGGCGCUGGGUUACCAGCAAAGUCUGUGAGCUGUAUCUUCAAGAGGUCCUAUAUACAACAUACACCGAGAAACUGGCGGAGGGUCCACGCAGAAAGAUUCAACAGCUUGCAGGAGCAUUUCCACAGGUGCUUGAGAAGGCAAUUUGCUUUCUCAGAGGAGGCAUACCUACGAAGGUAUGGUUCAAACUUUACCAGGCCAAUGACCGUGAGGAGCUUGGAAAGGAACGGGAGACACGGGAUCAAAUUCCAGCUUUUGCCACACCAUACCGUGGCGCUGGAGCAGGAAACCUUUGCACAGCAGUGAAAAAGGAGCGGCAUGCAGGUUGCUUGACCACAAGCUAUCCAAUGCCUGGCCUUUUGAAUCUCAAGCUCUCCCAACCCUGCACAAAAGACCCGCCCUGA